AUGGGACAUACACAAGUAGCAGUAGGUUGUGCUGUUGGUAUUCCAAUUGGUGUUGGUAUCAUUAUCGCAUUGAUCUUUUGGUUACGUUUGCAACGUAGGUUUAAGAAAGAAAUGGAAGAUGAUAAAGAAUUAGAACACGCAAUAUAUGAUGAAUCAGGUUUCAUAUCAUUUGAUAAUUUUGAUUCUUUAAAACAAGAUAAUAAUGUUCAUGAAUUUCAAAGAGAUUUAUCAAGAGCUUCAGAGACAACUUUAGGUACUACCACAGAUCAAGGAUCAUCGAUUACACAUCCAAGACAUGGUAAUAAUAGUAAUAAUAAAAAAAAUAAUAAUAAAGUUUAUAUUCCUGCAUAUAGAAAGAGAAUUAACUCAAUGCAAGCUAGAUCAACAAGGAUGAGUUCUUUCAAUAAUAAUAACAAUAAUAAUAUGUCAGAAGCAAAUUCAAGUGAUCUAGGUCCACAUAACGUACAAACUAACAACAACAACAACCAUAAUAAUAGUUCAAUGACAUCAUUAUCUGAAUUACCUCCACAACAUACCUAUAAACAAACACCACAAUUACUCUCUAGUGUAUAUGAUCAAAUGGUACCAAUGGUUGAAUCAUUAAAUAACGAAACUUACUUUUCAAAACCAAGAGGAGAACCAAUUGGAAGUAGUAAUAAUAACAGUAAUAUGAUUUCAACAGCUACUUUUCAAUCAUCCUCAGAAAAUUUGCAUAACUCAAAUAGUUUCUUAAUAAAUGGUAAUUCGAUGGAUCAAUAUAAUAAAUCACAAUUGAAAAACUUAUAUCAUAAUAGUGAUUUAGAUCUAGGUUCAUAUUAUCCGCGUCAUCCAUCUUCUUCGGGACUCACCCCAGGAAAUAAUCAAGGCGAUACUUCAAGUAAUAUUAUUGGAAAUAGUACCGAUUAUACAAAUACAUAUGAUUCCCCAUCUGUAGCGAGUCACUUGUAUUCAGGAUCUCGCUCAAAUUAUACUGGAUCUCCAAGAACAAGGAAUCUUCAAAAUCAAAAUAAUAAUAUUUUCGCUACACCAACGACCGAAAAAUCUGCAUUUGAUUUCCCUUCAUCAAUAGAUAAUGCAAGUAUAGAACCUAAACAUACACAUCAUUUACACAAUAGAAGUAAAAGUCAGAAUAAUGUUGAUUUAAACGGGAUAAACAGUACCACGACGGGUAACUUACCUUAUGAUCAACAUAGUUCAGAUUCAGAUUCAGAACAACCUCAAAGUGUUUAUAAAUUACAAAAUAAUUAUGACGUUCAAAAUAAUAAUGAAAUUGAAGAAGAGGAUCAAUAUGAAAAUGAAUUUACAAACUAUACAGAAAAUAGAAGAGAAUUUAUUAAUAGUAUGAGACCACACUAA